AUGCACGCCGACGCGGAGUGUGUUGAGCCUUCUUGCCUUGCAGAUCUCAAUGACGACCUGUUGCGGAAGAUUGCCAGUCGGCUUGCCGAGUCUGACCUGGCUUCCGCCGUCGCCCUCAAACGAUGCAGCAGCCGCUUCAAGGACCUCGCCACCCCGCUGGUGGCAAACGCCGUUUCAAGGAUAAACACAAAGUGGCGGGAUGCGGCAGACAAAAUCGGCGAGGAGGGCGCUGCUCGGAUCAGAGGCGGACUCGAGCGCAACGAGGUGCUGACCACCCUCGACCUCAACUUCCACCGCAACAACAUCGGGGACAAGGGCGCCGCGGCGAUCGGCGAGGCGCUGCGCGGCAACGCGGUGUUGACCGAACUCCACCUCAACGACAACCAGCUGUGCGGCAUCGAUCGCUUUGGCCGCGGUUCCUACUCGGCCGCCGGUAUCACAGCGCUCGCCGAGGCCCUCAAGGUCAACGGGGUGCUGACGUCCUUGGACGUGGGCGGCAACAAGAUCGGGCCAACCGGCGCGACCGCGAUCGCCGAGGCGCUGCGCGUCAACGGGGUGCUGACCACCCUCGACCUGAGGGGCAACGAGAUAUGCGGUCUUAAUUGCAUCGGCCGGGGUACCUACACGGCCGCCGGCAUCACAGCGCUUGCGGAGGCCCUCAAAGUCAACGGGGUAUUGACCGAGUUGCGGCUCGGCGGGAACGAGAUCGGCGACGAGGGUGCGGCCGCGAUCGCCGAGGCGCUGCGCGUCAACGGGGUGCUGAAAGAGCUCAACCUCUGCGCCAACAGCAUCGGCGCCGAGGGUGCCAAGGCGCUGGCCUCCGCUCUGCGCGUCAACGAGGUGCUGACGAGCAUCGACCUCCGCGGCAACAAUUUGAGCGAGGAGGGGAAUAAAGCGAUUCAGGGUGCGGUGAGCGGACGGGAAGGGUUCAAGCUCUUGAUGGUUGAUAUUGGGUUGCUGACCGACCUCAACCUCAGCCUAAAGCUAAACAAGAUCGGCCCCAGAGGCGCCGCCGCGAUCGCCAAGGCACUGCGCGGCAACGGGGGCCAGUGCGCUACUUGCGGCGCGCAACGCCUGCUCAAGUACGCGCAACGUACCAUAUGCUGCCGCUAUGCGUGCCUUAAGGCGGCUGCGGCGAAGCGGCGGGCGCGGCAUGCCGAUGGCAGCUUCUCUGACAUGCGUUUGUUUGAGCUUGAGGCUAUUUGUGAGAACUGUUUGGCGAAGAAGUCGCCGAAGAUUGCGCUCAAGAAGCAGCAACGAGAAUCGGAAGAGGAGGAUGCUGAGGCGGCGAUUGCUGAGCAUGAGAAGGACCGAUCGCCCGCCGCAGGCGAAGAAAAUUUGGGGGUUGCGCCGUAUCGUUUGUACACCGCGCAAGCACUCCAGCGUGGCUAG